CGGCUGUUUUCGGCGGGUCUGGAGCGCCGGCGGCAGCUGGGAGACCUCGAGUUUUCCAACAGAUACGCCGAGUUCCUGCGCUCCAAAGCCAAGCACAGCUCCAUCUGCACGUUCCUGCGCCGCGUUCAGGGCGAAAGCCAAAUUCUAGCCAAACUAACGGAAACCAACAGAAACCAACAGAAACCAACAGAAACCAACAAAAACCAACAGAAACCAACAGAAACCAACAGAAACCAACAGAAACCAACGGAAACCAACAGAAACCAACAGAAACCAACAAAAACCAACAAAAACCAACAGAAACCAACAAAAAACCAACAUAAACUAACAGAAACCAACAGAAACCAUCGGAAACCAACAGAAACCAACAGAAACCAACAAAAAACAGACAUAAAC